CGGAUUAGUGGGUGGCGAGAUCGGUGCUGAGACCAGGUUGGCCCCGAUGGUGGCCAACAAACGAUAGGAUAGUUUAACAGGAUCUUGGUGGCUCGGUUUCGGGAAGGAAGAGGAGAGGAUUGGAAGAAGCCGUUAACAAGAUGAUGGCCCAAUUCACCAAGAGGCAAUGGCUCACGCUGAUCGUCAUCAGCAUCGCCGAUUUCGCGAACGCGAUCUGCGUUUCGCUCCAGGCACCGUUUUACCCGCAGGAGGCUGAGAAGAAAGGAGCAUCGCCAUCCGAGUACGGAUUAGUCUUUGGGAUUUUCGAGUUCAUUGUGUUUAUCAUCAGUCCCCUUUACGGACAAUACCUGCACCGAAUCGGGCCAAAGCUGUUGUUCAACGGCGGUAUCCUGACAACGGGCACCUGCGCCAUCUUCUUCGGUCUGUUGGACAAAGUGAACGGCCAUUAUCCGUUCAUAAUCCUUUCGUUCGUGAUUAGAAUCGUGGAGGCUAUGGGGAACGCUGCGUUUCUCACAGCAAGUUUCGCCAUUAUCGCCAAAGAAUUCCCCGAUAACGUGGCCACCACUUUCGCCAGUCUGGAGACGUUUUUCGGCCUGGGCCUGAUCGUUGGCCCAACUGUCGGCGGUAUCCUUUAUCAGGUUGGAGGAUACACGACACCCUUCGUUGUCCUGGGAUCAGCUUUAUUCACGACCGCAGUUAUGACCAUCUUUAUCUUACCAGUUCAUUCGAACAGUAAUCAAACUAAUCCCAAUACAGUGGGUAUGAAGAAAGCUUUGAGAAUUCCAGGCGUAUUGAUCGCCACGUCGUCCAUAAUAGCAACCAGUAUGAGCAUAGGAUUUUUGCAAGCGACCCUGGAACCUCAUUUAAGGCAAUUUGACCUGAGCCCUAUCGUUCUAGGCUUAAUGUUCGUGAUUAACGGAGGCACUUACGCCAUUACAGCCCCCGCGUGGGGAUGGCUCUGUGACAAACACUCGCAUCCGAAAGUAGCUACCGUAGCCGGAUGCAUCCUCGUGGUCAUAGGAUUUAUCUUGGUCGGGCCAGCACCUUUCAUACCAUGCCCAACCCUAGUCUGGAUGACGAUCUGCGGUUUGGUUGUUCACGGUUUAGGCAUGGCUGCGCAACUGGUCGCCAGUUUCACGGACGCGUUGAGGACGUCGAUACAAUACGGAUUCCCAAAUAAUUUAGAGACCUACGGUCUGAUCAGUGGAUUGUGGACAAGCACGUUCGCACUCGGAGCCUUCAUCGGGCCCAGCGUCGCAGGAAUUUUAUUGGACAAUAUCGGAUUCAGAAACGCUACGAUGUUCAUCGUACUGCUUCACAUGCUCGUGGGCGCAAUGGCAGCUGUGUUCCUGAGCGCGUGCACGAUGAGACACAAGCCUUACACGGAGAUCAACGCGACGACGGAGGACCCGAGGACGCCUUUGACGGACAGUUGCCAGUCGCGGAGCGGGAGCUAUCGCCACCCCUCGGCCAGGGGGGGAGGAGGGCAGGGCGUGCCGAUCGUGGACAGGCCGAGCGGCAUGAAUUCCCUGAUCGUUUGCAACAGUUACUCGAACAGGGCAGGGGCAUGGUCGAGGGCUUCGUACAGCGGCCGUUACUCGCACAGUUACGGCUCGAUCGAGACGAAGAGGUACCUGGAGAUGACCACGUGACGGGUGUCCACGGUGUUGUUGCGAAAAAAGAAAAAGGAAAAAAAGAAAAAAAAAAAAAAAGAA